CUAAUCAGUAAGUAAUGUCAAAUUUAGGACUAAGAUAGUUCCUUAUUAGCUAAUCAAUCAUUACUUAAUGAGAUUAGCAUUAUUAAUAACUAUUAACUGACUGACGAAAUGUAAAGAACAUUAUCAUGUGUCUGAGACAUAAUCAGUCAUCAUUUUUACUCUGAAUAUAGUCAUAAAACAAGUGUCAAGUGUUACCUAGUCACUAUGCAGGAACUACUAGUGAUCUGCACCAUUAUUUUAAAGUGAAAAACAUCUUUUUCAUUUUAAAAUAACGGUCCAGAUCACUAGUACUUCUUGAAGAAUGACUAGGUACUUGAGUAAUAAGUGAUGCAUUUUAUGACCACGUUCUGAGUAAAAAAAGGAACUACUAGUUCCUUCAAGAACUACUAUUGAUCUGGACCAUUACUUUAAAAGUGAAAAAGAUGUUUUUGAAAAAGAAAAUAAUGGUCCAGAUUGCUGGUAGUUCCUGCAUAGUGACUAGGCAACACUUGAGUAAUUAAUGAUGCAUUUCAUGACCACAUUGAGGGUAAAAAAAUAUAAUUACAUAUAUCUCAGACACUUUAAAGCUUUAUUAAUUAGUAAUUCUUAAUAAUUUGUCAUAAUGAUGCCAAUCUCGUUCUAUAAUUACUGAUUAGCUAAUAAGGAGCUAUCUUAGUCCUAAAUUUGAUAUUACUUACUGAUUAGUUAAGCUUGAUUCUAUAUUAGUUAAUAGUAGUACCUUAUGUGUUAAAGCAGUACUACAGAUUAGUCCUGCAUUACUUCCUGCAUAGUCACUUAUUAUUGACGGACCAUUAUUCUAAAGUGUUACUGGGUUUUCAACACCGCACACGGGUUAAAUGUAGUACAUAGUAGCUAAAGACACUUAAUAUAAAAAUUCUAUGAUACAGUAAGUCCUUUGUAUUAUACUAUUAAAAAAAUAUAUGCUAAACAUGUUCUUUAGUCACAUUCAUUAUGGUCGUUAUGCUCUUCUAAAUAUAGGCAGUGUGUGUUUGUGUGACAGGAAUUACUCCUCCAUGGAGCUCACAACAGAUGUCACGGACACUUACUCCAACCAGACCGACAGGAAUCAGUCGUCGGAGGACUGUUCCCGCGACAGCGCUCUGAAGACGACCGUGUUUCCUCUCCUCUACACCAUCCUCUUCAUCCUGGGCAUGUCACUGAAUGGCCUGGCAGCAUGGGUGUUCCUCCGAAUCCCCAGUAAAUCUCACUUCAUCAUCUAUCUGAAGAACAUUGUCGUGGCUGAUAUCAUCAUGACCCUCACCUUCCCCUUCAAGAUCCUCAGCGACGCCAACUUAGCAACCGUCGGCGUGCGAGUGUUUGUCUGCCGCGUGUCCUCUGUGCUGUUCUACCUCACCAUGUAUAUCAGCAUCCUGUUCUUCGGCCUGAUCAGCAUCGACCGCUGCAGGAAGACCAUGUGGCCCUUUGUGGGCACCAACGCUAGACGGCUGUUCCACAGAAAGCUCCUCUCGGCCUUCAUAUGGACGUCACUGUUUGCUCUCGCGCUGCCCAACGUGAUCCUGACCAGCCGUCGCAACACUUCGGACCGCUUCAAAUGCAGUGACCUCAAGACGGAUCUGGGACUGAAGUGGCACGAGCUGGUCAACCACGUGUGCCAGGUGAUCUUUUGGGGAAACCUCGUAACCGUGAUAAUAUGUUACACGCUCAUCUCAAAAGAGCUGUACAAGUCUUACGCCCGCACUCGCGCUCAACACGAGGCAAGGCAGGGAGCGAAUGUCCCGCACAGACAGCUAAACAAGAGCAGCAUUCAAGUGAACGUGUUCCUGGUGCUGGCCGUCUUCUUUGUUUGCUUCGUUCCCUUCCACUUCGCCCGAGUGCCGUACACUAUCAGCCAGACACGAGGACGCAUGUUCAACUGCCAGCAGAAGCUGUUCUUCUUCCAGCUGAAGGAGAGCACGCUGUGGCUGUCCUCCCUUAAUUCAGUGCUGGAUCCUCUCAUCUACUUCUUCCUCUGCAAGUCCUUCAGGACAUCCCUGUUCAACACCCUGCGUCUGUCUCCUGGCCACUGCGGGGAGCUUGGGACGGACUCGACCAGCACUCCUCUGGGCAACACGCAGACAUGAUGGACAGACGCUC